AUGUCGUUCAGUGAAGCUAAUACCGUCGAACAAAUGGUUCUUGAUGCCUGCGUGUCAAACGGCUGGACCUAUGUGGCCGGGCCGACGCUUUCCCGGCAGGCUUCGGAUGUCUUUGUUGAAUCGCCAUUGCGCCAGGCACUGAUCAAACUCAACCCCGAGAUCGCCGAACAGCCCGAUCGCGCCGAUGAGGUGAUUUACAAGCUGCGGGCGAUUUUGCUGUCCGUGCAGAACGAUGGACUCGUUCGGUCCAAUGAAGCCCUGGCCGAGUGGAUCAAGGGCGACAAGACAAUGCCUUUCGGGCCGAACGGGGAACACACUACGGUUCGUCUGGUCGAUUUCGAGAACUCCGCGAACAACGAACUGAUCGUCUGCAACCAGUGGACCUACAAGGUUGGCCAGUUGGAAAAGCGGUUCGAUGUGGUGUUGCUGGUCAAUGGGCUGCCGAUCAUUAUCGGCGAAGCCAAGACGCCCGUGCGGCCGGCGGUGACCUGGGUAGAUGGGGCCAGUCAGGUUCACGAUGACUACGAAGAAAGCGUGCCGGCGAUGUUCGUGCCGAACGUCUUUAGCUUUGCCACUGAGGGCAAAGCCUUCCGCUACGGCUCG